AAGAUAAAGUAUUCGUUUGUAGAAAAAUCAAUUGAAUGUCAGUGAAAAAUUUUUAUUAUAUUUUUUUUACAACACAAAAAAUUAUUUUUCUCACUAAGCGUAUAUUUUAAAUUAAUUUCUACUUAAGCCAAAUUGAAAGCGAAACUUAGUUUAAAACAUACGAAAUUCAAAUACGAACCAAACAAAUUUUUGCCAAAUGGAUGUUUCGCCCAGCAGAAAUAGUGUCGGCAGUGGAAGCAAACGUAACGUACCAAGCUCUUUGUCGCCCGUCCGCAAGGAGCUUUCGAGAUCCAUAUCCAAAUUAAAUGGUGAACAAAUUGUCAAGCAAAAGGUCGAGUCGAAACCAACACCAGCACCACAACCAGACAGUACAAUCGAAAAUAUGGCUGUCGGCAGUGUUGCAGCCAACAGCAAGGCGGAGAACAAGCCCAACUUCGCCAGAGCGAAAACUUUGGCGGCUACGCAAAACUCGGCGCAAACGAAAAUACCAAUGAAACGCGCGGGCGCCAAUGUAACUACAAAGUCGGCGACUACGCCACGUCUCACGCAUCGCCAGCAUAUGCGUUCUGCCUCGAAAAUCAGCUUGACCAUCAAAGAGGUGGCAGCCAACAAGAAACUCGAGCAGAAUAUGUCAAAACUGAGCUUCAAAGCCAAUACUUCAACGAAUCUGAAGGCGCCGCAUGCGAAAGCGCAGACCGCACGCGGUGCAGGUGGCUCAAAACGCAGCGCCAGCACAAUUUCCUGCCGCAGCGAUAAUCGUAGGACCGAAGAUACGCUAUCGCAACUCACCAAAGUUAGUUCUUCUGCGGGUGAUCACGAGACCUGCGGCGGUGGAGGUGGUCCAGUACUCAGCGCACGCGAACGUGUUGUCGAGAAUAAUAAGAUGAAGGUGUUCGAGGGUCUACAGCGCAAACUGCAGGAUAUGCAAACGGACUUCAUGCAGAAGUUCGAAACACUGAAACGCAGCUCGCCUGAUAAACUGAAGGCGGACUAUAAAUUUAUAACUAUGGUUAGAAAUGAUGAAUAUAAAUUGGUGUUGAAGGAUGAUCAUUUGGUUAAGAUGCCCAAGAAAUUGCCCACGGAUUCUGUAAACGACUUCAAAGAGCGAGUGCGAAAUGCAGUGGAAAGUUCGAUAAUGAGUGUGAUAGGUAAUAUAAAGGAGAUACAAAGUGAUCCGGACCGUAUUUUAAAUCUGGAGGAUCCUCACAACUUGUUAGAUAAGCAGCAGAACAAAAAAAUACAAGAUCUUUUCGAGUGCGUGAAUGCGUUAGCCAAUGCCAAAGAUACGGAGAUGGAUGCGCAAAUUGUUAGGAUGCAGAAAGAAAUACAGGAUGGUAAAAAGGCUUUACAGAUGGCCGAGAAAAAAUUAACCGAAAUAAAAGCCAUACACACGAGUGAAUUAGAAGCUUUGGAGAAGGAUUUGAAGGAGAAAACCGAUGCCGACGCAAUGAAGCGAGAAACCCAAAUCUCAGAAAUGAACCGAAAAUUACGUAAUUUGGAAAAGCAGCAUGAUAAAUUGAAAACCACAUUGCAACAGAACACCGAAGAGUGCAGCCAUGGACAAACCGAGAAGGCAAAACUACUUGAUGAACUCAAAAGUUGUAAAGAUAACAUUCAAACACUCAAUAAGAAAUUGACACACGCUGAGAACCAAUUGAAUCACGAUAAGAAGGAUAAACAUGAGAAGAGCGAAACCAUACAAAAACUUGAAGUUGAACUUGAAAAGUGCAAAAAGGAAUUAGAAGAGGCACUCCAAGCGAAACCAACACCUGAGCAACACAAUCAUGAGAAAGAGCUGAAAAAGGAAGUGCAUAAAUUAAAGGGAAAAGUCGAAAAUUUGGAAAAAGAGAAGCAAGAAUUUAUUGUACAGGUUGAACAACUGCAAGAGGAAAUUAAUGUAAUGGAUAAACUACGCCACAAGAUCCAUGAUCUGGAGGAAGAGAAUCGGGAUUUAUUGGCACGCGAGAAGGCGGCUUUGGAAAAUGUAGAGUUACCGAAAGAGUUUCAAGCAGAGCUCGUCCGACUGCGUCAGUCAGAGUCUGAGAAAGCGCGUGAAAUUGAAAAACUUAAAAUCCAAUUAUCCAAAGCACACUAUAAUAUCGAACAAUUGGAAGAGCAAAUCAGACGCGAUCAACAGCUAUUGGAGGUGCGUAGCGAAUUGAUCAAUUCACUGCAAACGAACGAUCAUACACAACGCAUACAAUUGGAUCAGAUAUUUGCCGAGGUUGGCGUCAAGAAUAAUACCAUCAAUGAGGUAUGGUUAAAUAAUGAUUUGCGCACAAAAUCGGAGGAGUUCCAAAAUCUCUUCAACACUUUGAGCAACAAACAGAUGGAGUUGUCGCGCCAGGAGCAUAUGAUCAAACUGCUGGAGGAGAGUAAUGAGCGUAGUCAGAUGUUGCGUGUUAAACAGGAAGAGAAGAUUGGGCGCAUGGAGGAGGAAAUUGCGCGUUUGAAGCAAACAAUCGCUCUCUAUCAACACAAUGUACUCGGGAAUGCCGGCUGUAAGAAUCUGAUCUAUCAACCGAUCGUUGGCGCCGAUGACUACAAUGAGAAUCUCUACUAUUAUACGAGUGAGAGGCGACGUAAACGGCAGGUAGAUAUCAAUGUAAAGAAAUAUGAAGUCUAAUUUGAACAAAAACAAAAAGAAUAUUACAAAAACAUAUUUCACCAAAAAUAUUAAGGAUCUGCAAAUGAAAUAGAACAUGCUGGGAGAGAAUAACGCACGCAAGGAAUGUUAUUCAAGUAUUAUGAAUGGAGGUGUGAUGUGAUGUCGUGUGUUGUUUGAUUUAUGCUUCAAUAUCUGUAUAACUGUAAAAAACAACUGUCAAUAUAUAUGAGAGUGUGAAUUAUUGUAUAUAUGUAACAAAUGUUGAAGCGCUAUUGAAAGUCAGGACGAACUUUUGUGCUCCAAAACAAUUAAAUACUUUUGUUGUACUAUAUAUGUAUAUACAAUAUAUGUAGCUAUAUAUACAAGAGCUAUUAAUAACUGAAGGCAGAGCCGGAAGUUUACCUGUAAUACAAAAUUAAUUUAAAAAAUAAAUAAAAAUCUUUAAAAUGCAACUCUGA